AUGUAUGAAGAUCAAGCAAUCGAGGAUAUAAAGCUUGCCCUUCAGCAAAUUUCCCUUCAAGAACAAUAUGAAAAAGGGCAAAGUCAUGCAAUUCAGGAAGUUGCUAUAUCUGCAAGACAACCAAGGUUGGUUUGCGAAGUUUGUACUAAUACUUUUACCAACAGCUUGGAUCGUCUCACUCAUUUCCCAGAUGGAACUCCAGUUUGCUGUGACGUAAUAUGGAACCAAACAUUUUGUCCCAAACAUCUACAUGAUGGAACUCCAAUAUGCUUUGGCUGCAUGAGGUUAAAGACGAGUGAUGUAACAUAUAUAAAUCUCGGCGAUGGUCGGGAAACAUGUCUGGAUUGUUAUUCUACCGCAAUCUUCGACAUCCGGCAAUGCGAACCUCUCUUGGUCAAUAAAUGUCACGAAUUUUUCCAUACACUCGACAUUGACCUACCGGACGACGUUCGUGUUUUCUUGGUCGACACGAUAGAGAUGGCCAGACUUUCUGGCGAGCAAGAACCAAUUUUCGGGUUGGGAUUAGAGGCUGAUAUGGAUGAUAUGGCCACCAUCACUGGUGUUACAAGUUGUUCGAGGAAAGGGAAUAGCAUUGUAGUGGAGCAAGAGAUGAUAGAGGCAAGGGAGUAUAGAACCGGCAUAGCUAUCUUGUUCGGUUUACCCAAGAUUAUGACACAGGCAAUCUUGGCUCAUGAGAUGAUGCAUGUAUGGUUUCGAUCGAAAGGUGUCGAACCCGAGAAACUGGAAAGGAAACUGGAAGAAGGAAUGUGUCAAGUAAUAGGUUGGAAAUGGUUGGAUUGGCUGGAGAGUGAAAUUAACUCAUCAUCAUCAACAACUACUACUAGUCAUGAGCAGACUCAGUUUCGGAGGAAGUUAAUAGAAACAUACAAGUUUGUGGUGGAAGAACAUGACUCUGAUGAAUAUGGCCAAGGAUUUAGAGAGGUUGAAUCGGAUGUUGCAAGAUUUGGCCUUAAAACUACAAUUAACUGUAUGAUUAACUCAGCCAACAUCGAUAUCAAAAACUGA